UGCUGUGGGCGUUGGCGGCGGUGGAAGGCAAGGCGCAUUGCCGACUCUCUCCUGCACCUAUAACAACUACUAUAUACAGUAGACGAUCACAUUACCAGUUUAUAUUACUAUUUAUAUAUUUUUUAAACCACACUUCUUGGAUUGCCAAAGAUCUAUUGUCACCACACCAUUUGUUUUAUAACAUGCAAGUCGGCUGACGUUGCGGUCCCUUCUGGAUUAUCAAGAUGCCUUCCACCAGGUGUUGGGUCGACAUGAACUGGUUCUCAGUCCUCUAGUUGGAUCUAAGUACUGUAUUUAAUGGUUGGAAUGACAAAAGAAGAAGAUGUGUUGCCCUCCUCGGGAGAGGCGAAAGACUUCUAUGCUAAAUAUGAACCAAAAGAACUGCUUGGAAGGGGUGUGACCAGUGUGGUGCGCCUGUGCGUUGAGAAAGAAACCCAAGCUGAAUAUGCCGUCAAGAUAAUUGAUGUGAGCGGGGAGAACUGCAAUGACAACUACCCCGUGGAACAAGCACGACAGGAUACGAUGAGGGAGAUAAAAAUCCUGAAUUUAUGUGCAAAUCAUAAAUAUAUCAUAAAUCUCCAUGAUGUCUUUGAAACAUCAACGUUCAUUUUUCUUGUGUUUGAGUUAUGCAAAAAAGGUGAACUGUUUGACUAUCUCACACAAGUGGUCACUCUCUCUGAAAAGAGAACUAGGAUAAUUAUACGGCAACUGUUGGAAGCUGUUGACUUUGUUCAUGAAAAAAGUAUCGUCCACAGAGAUUUGAAGCCAGAGAAUAUUCUUCUGGAUGAUGACAUGAACGUGAAACUCACAGAUUUUGGGUUGGCCACUAUUCUUACUGAUAAUCAAGAACUUACUGAACUAUGUGGAACCCCUGGAUAUUUAGCUCCAGAAGUCCUUCAGGUUUCAAUGAACGAAUUAGCACCUGGUUAUAGAGAAGAGGUUGAUAUGUGGGCUGUCGGAGUCAUCAUGUAUACGCUAUUGAGUGGUUCUCCACCAUUUUGGCACCGUAAACAAAUCUACAUGCUCCGUUCAAUAAUGGAAGGCAAUUAUCAGUUUAACAGUACGGAGUGGAAUGAUGUCGGCAACUUGCCAAAAGACUUGAUUUCAAAAUUGUUGGUUGUCGACCCAAAGAAACGGCUCACUGCCAAAGAAGCAUUGCAACAUCCAUUCUUAAAUCGUGAUCUCGGAACAGAAAAGAAAUUAUUCAAUGCUGUUAAAAAGUUUAGGGCUGGCAUUAUAUGUAUUCGGUUUUUCUUCCGACUUCAGUACUUUUAUCAACAUCCUCAAAAUGUCUCAGUGGAAACACUACUCAAAAAUCCUUACCAACUGAAGACUAUCAGGAAAAUUAUAGAUGGAUGUGCUUUUAAAGUCUAUGGGCAUUGGGUAAAACGUGGAGAAAACCAAAAUCGUGCAGCUUUGUUUGAACACUGUCUCAGAGAUGACUGGAAAACCUCCGACACCUGGAGGUCGUCUGAAUUAACUCGAUAACUAAUUCCACUAACACUUUUUCUUUUAGCCACAUUAUUUCACCUCUCCAUUCCUGCCUUACACCUAUCCUCAAUAUUUUGUAUAUACUUAUAUUGUCUGCCUAAUUACAUACACUCCAUUCUUUCAGAGACAAGUGAAAAACCAGAAGUGUCUUCAUUUUCAUCAAAUAGUAUUUUAAGAUUACGACAGUUAACAUUUUAAUUUAGAUUUUGUAAAUAGUUUCUAAAACUUUUAAAAUUUAAAACACUUUUAAUUAUUUAAAAAAGUUAUAUUUUAUUAAGCACAACAUCUGUUUUUUUAAAAUUAUUUUAUUUACCAAAAUUUAUGUGUUUAGAUGUAUUAACGUUUACUUGAAUAGUGUUAGUAUUACUGAAUUUGUCUCAAAGUACAGUCUGAAAAUUCACCAACGGGCAUACUUUUAUAGAGUUCUUACAAUAAGAUAGUGAAGUUACUGCUGGUACAACCAUUUAUCUUCCUCUCUCUUGCUGCUUGAUGUAGGAUUCUAUAUAAGUUUCAGUUGCUUUGCUGAGUUCUGAUCAUUUUUACCUGCAACUAGCUCUUUCAGCACUUGCAUUCAUUUUACAUAUAGUAUGUAAUAUAAUUACUUUACUUGAAGUUAAUUUUAAAUUAUUAUAUAUAUAUAUUUGGAUUUAGUGAAAUUGAUCAAACAUACAUUUGGAAUAGGAAAAAGUGGAUGCAACAAUCUUAUAUGGUUAAACCCAAAGUUGUUUUGUAUUUUGAAAACAUUAGAUUUUUAUCUGCCAUGCUAUUUUAUAAGAAAUCAUUAAUUUAAGAAACUUGUUUUUUUUUAAUGGAAAUUGUCUUAGAAUUUUCUAAUUAGCGGCUUUUAAAGAAAUUGAAUAAUUUACAGUUAGACUUGUUAAGGUUAUUUCUACAGAUUUUCUAUACAAAUUAUAGCCAGCACUGAUUUUGUUAUGAUGUGUUAUAUCCGAGAAGCUAGACGUAAACAAUGAAACCGAAGAUGAAAAACGGGUGCGUUUGUAUACCUCUAGCAUCUUGGAUACAAAACAUUGUAGCAAAAUCAGUGCUGGUUUUAAUUUCUAUAGAAAAUCUGUUGAGAUAACCGUAAGUGAUGUAAUAGCACUGCUAACACAGUAGAGCAAGGUAUAGAUUUGUUCCAGCUCUACUGCAAUUGCAUAUUAGCACAGAUUUUUAAAUGUAAAAUUCCAGUAUUUUAGGCAUUGUAAUUCACUGUCUUAAAUAUGAAUUAGAAUUCAUAUUUGUUUUAAUUUAAAAUGUCAUUGAAAUGAUUGACAAACCCUGAAAUAUGAGGCAGAGAAGAUAGAAAAAAUUUUUUUUUUUUUAGUAAAAAACUCAUUUGUUCUAUAAUUAAAGGUUUUCCAUCCAACAAAAUCCUCUCUGAUACUACUUUUGUUAAUAUGUUAAGACACAUUUCUCCAGUGCUGCUUUUUCCUGUUCCACAUCACUCCCAUCCCCUGCUUCAUUUAUAUUCUGUCAACUGUAGUUUUCCAUAGUGUCUAUAAUUGAAUGAGGUUUCCAUUUAGGUGGGCAUUAUUUAGCUAUUUAUGAAAUGGUGUGUACUAUGUAAGGGUGAUAAUCAGCAAACUAUUCUUAAGUUCCAUUUUUUUUUUUAACCAAUGAGUUGAUAAUAUUUAGCACCUUUCCAAAACAGAUAGAAUUUUUUUAUUAAUUUAGAUAAAAAAGUUUCUAUUGACAAGAGUUAAAACUGUUUCAUAUAAGCAAUUCUUAUAGACUGCAAUUGCUAUUGUUUUUUAAAUAUCAAAACCCUGCCAGACAGUUCCAUCAUGUAUGUAUAUAUGUCACUACACUGAAAGUCAUACCUAUUUGAACAGGGUGAUUUGAGACAUUAAACGAAAUAUAACCAAUAAUUUUUGUAUCUACCCAUUUCUAGUAAGAUAUUGCAUAGAGAUCAUUCAUUUAAGUUAUUAAUCAAUCAUAUUUAUAUAAGCUUUAAUAUAGAAUUUAAAAAUUGGCACACCAGUUUUUAACACUUUGUAAUACUUUCCUAUAUAUUAACUUUUUUGAUAUUAACAUUUUCUAAUAAUAGCUUUCAGGUUUUUACAAAGGACUUGUCUUUUUCUAAUUCUGUUUUUUUAUCACAAACAUAAAAACGAUUAAAUUAUCGCUAAGAUAGUGUUGAAUAGUUUACGAAUAUAUCUCCUGUUCACCAAGCAUUGAAUUUAUUUUCAAAGACUUAAUUAGAUUCAAGUCAUUGUCUAUUAUUAAUUUUAGUGUAUUCAUGUUUAGUUUUGUUCUAGUAUUUUAAUCAGCACAAUGUUCCAAAAUACUCCAUCAUAUCAAAGCACCAACUGGUUGUAACAACUAUACUUGAAGCAAAAAAGAAAAACAAACAAACAAACAAAAACAAAGCCUAAACUCAAAUGACCCAUUCCCCCCACCCCGGUGUUUAAUUAAAUAUCUGAAACACUUCUAUUAUUCACAACUCCAACAGAUUAAUGUUUACUAUAAGAGUGCCGUGCUGAUCAAACAGAACCCUAUUAUCUAUCCCUUCCACUCACUCCCUUGGUUAACAGAGCUGGUUGGAGUCAAUAUACCUCCCGGUGUUUCAUUAUGUGAUAAAUUUUGUUUUCUGUUGAUUAUUAAAUAAAAUGGAAUUAACACCAAAAAUUAUAAAUGAAAAAAAUCCUUCUUAUUCCAUGUUGACAAGAUCUGCCAAUAGUCUAUUAGUCUCAAUGUUGUUGAUAACACCUUACUCUCUUAGCAGCCUUUCUUCAUAAGUAUCUUCAAUAGCUGACCAACUAUUAAAAUUGUAAUUGUAUUAGUUGAGGGAUUUUUCCAAAAAAUAACUAAAUAUCAACCAAAGUGCUUUGGUAGCUAACUUAUUUUAGAGCUAAUAAAUAAUAUUCAAUCAUGAAUUUGAGCUUCAUUAUAAAUAUGCUAUUUCUGUAGAGUAAUUUUAUUUGCUCCUAAAAAUCCAAUAAAAACAUGAACUGAUGAGCUUCCAUAAACAUCUUUAUUCAGGCCUUAUAACUACUUUUUAAAAAUAUGUGGCUCUAAGAACCCAAUUAUAGACACUCGUUUUUAUUAAUUUUAAACAAGUUCUCACUUGAUUAAGAAAACAGUAAAUUUCUUUCGUCUCUAGGAUUUAAUAUGAUCAAGAUUGGUAUCUAAUACACUGUUAUCAUUAGCAUAUUAAUUUAUCUUGUUUCAAAUGCUACAGUUCAUCAUACUUAAAGCAUGGAUUUACAGUAACCAACACUUAAAAAAUGAAAAGUAAAAUGUUUGAAAAUGAAGUUAUUUCCUUAGAAAUGGUUUUUUUUUUUUUUUACUGUUUUGUUUGUUCAAGAAACAAAAAUUUACCAGAGGAAUUAUUAAAAAUAAAGAGAUCUGCACAACUCCACUUGAAGUCUAACAAUAUUUUUUUAUAAUUUUCGACAUAGAAUCUUGUAUUAACUUUUCAUCACAAUGUUUUUUUUUCGGGUUUUGAUAAAUUAUAUUUGGUACAACUGAAAAAUUAUUUAUAAAUUGUCCAUUUUAAAGAGCAUCUGUCAAGACACAUUCAUGGAGGAACUAUUACAUGCAAUAUAUUUUAAACAUCUUAUUCUAAACAAAAUAGUCAUGCUGCUUGUUAGUUGUCUAGAGAAAAUCGUCUUAUAGGGCAGCUAAAAACAUUGCGUUCUUACAGUAGGCAACCAUACAUUUUGUUAAGACCUUUUCAGGAAAUGUUUUAAUGAAAAGCUUAUUUCAAAUGUAGGUGAAUAAAGCUAAUUAGAAGGGAACGUUAAAGUAUAUUACAUUUAAGCCAACCUAUUAUACUUAGAGAUUAAUAUAAAUGUAUCUACUAUUCAGAUAUGAUUUACGCCGAGGUCGACUUUGCCUAUCAUCCUUUCAGGGUCGAUAAAUUAAGUACCAGUUGCAGACUGGGGUCGACCUAAUCGACUGGCUCCCUCCCCCAAAAUUUCAGGCCUUGUGCCUAGAGUAGAAAAGAAUAUAUAUAUGUGUGAGACUGAGCAUGAUUUUAGAAUAAGUACCAGUUAGCUAAAUACUCAGAGCAAAGACAUAACAGCAAUAAGCCAACAAUAAAACAUCGUUACCUAAUUACAGUAUAGCUGUGUGCUGUCAUAGUAACUGGAUUAUAGGUUGCUAUAUAUAAUAUUCUGCAAAUGACACUUUGGUUUUAGCAGAGUACUAUAACCAGCAUCCUGGUUUCAAAUUUCAAUUGUGAAAUCAACUGAUUUCACUACACAAUCAUUUGAUCUUGCCAGGUAUAUAAAGAAACAUAUCACCAAAUAUUAUGACACGUUUCAUUAUGUCACUGGUUUUAAACAGGUAAACGUAAAAUGUUGCAUCAAUUUGCA